AUGAGCGCCUGGCCGACCUACAAAACGCCGGCCUCGAUGGGCUACUACCGCCAGCAUGAGCUGCCGUUCCAAUUCGCGCUGGCCACGCCUUUACCUCUGCGACGGCCUAUCACUGCGCUAUUCACGCCGGCACCAACACCAACCGACUGUUCCACUGGACCGCACCAACGGCCCGUCCGCCGCCGACGUGGCGGUGGUGGUCAACGAAUGGGACAGCCCCGGCCCGCGGAGAUCGGCUACCAGUGGACACCUAUCCGGAACGGCUGGAGUACCCGCGCCGCCAGCAUUCAGGUGGGCAAUCCGGCGCGGGGCGCCGAAAGACUCAACGCCUUCGUGCCCUAUCGCGAUGCGCUCAACGAGGCCGCACCGCUGUACAAAGGCAACGGCAACACCCUGCCGGCCGCCGACGGCAACGAUCUGGACGCCAUGCUGGCCGGAUUCCGCGCCGACAUACAGCAGGGCAAACUGCCGCAGGUCAGCUGGAUCAUCGCGCCGGCGGCCUAUUCGGAACACCCCGAUCCCUCCAGCCCGGUGCAGGGCGGCUGGUUCACCCAAGAGAUCCUCAACGCGCUGACCGACAACCCGGAGGUGUGGAGUAAAACCGUCCUACUGGUCAACUACGACGAAAACGACGGCUUUUUUGACCAUAUGCCUUCGCCUUCCGCGCCGUCGCUGCGCGAGGACGGCAGCUUCGCCGGUAAAUCGACGGUGCCGUUCGACACCGAGAUCUUCCAGCACGUGGCGCCGCCCGGUUCGCAGGAUCAACCGCCGCCGGGGCAGCUGCAGCUGCAGCUGAACAAUCCGGGCACCGAAGCGAUAGCGGUUACCCUCGAACGCUGCCCCUAUACGCAGCAGGGCCGUGGCACAUCACGCUGCCGGCAGGCGGCAGCCACCAGCAAAGCUUUGAUGCCCACGCAGCGGCGGUUGGUAUGA